UACACAGGUCGUAUGGAAUGUUCCCGUCAAUCAAAAACUCAAAUGUCCAAACUACAGCCAAAUGAAUUAAAACAAAAAGAAAGUUAAUCCAAUUUAUUUUCUGUGUUUACGGUCUCCAUGGUUACACACCGUUGCUCUGGACUGUCCCGGGUGCAUUUUCCGUUGCUAUGUAUCCCAGAAUGCAUUGCGCCGUCACAAAUGGUCAAAUUGACAUUGCAACAAAGGUCUGUUGUACGGUAAAGUGGUGCAUCAAAACUAUCCUAAUAUCAGAUCGCUGCGUGUAUUUUAAAAUGAUAUCCGAAUAAAUUAAAAUAAGUUCUUAACAGAAGACCUUUCGCUGAGUGGCGUGACGAUACCGGUGACGUCAUAGAAAUAGUGUCAUUGCAAGUGUGAACUAAUAAGUACGCUGCUACCGUUUGAGAGCUGAGAACAAUUCAAUACAUUGUUGAGAUAUUGGCGGAUUAAAAAGAAAUAAAAUGACGAGUUCUGUCACUUGCACCACCUCCAGGCAGAUUGAGACGAAAAUGAUGAAAGAGGAGCGAGAAUAUGACUACUUGUAUGAUCCAGUUUACACCGUGUCAUCAGAGGUCGACCAUGCUAGAUCCAGUUUUAAAAGUUUUAAGGGUCAAGUUAUUAAAUUGCCGUCGUUUGAGUCCAUGUUCAGCAAUGAAAGGGUGACUUUCCGGCUGGACCCAAAAGGUGACCUGGUGCCGGCAUUUGUGGACCGUCGAUGGCGUGGACACACAGAACGACACCAGCAGGCCCUGCAGCAACUGGCCGGGGUGAUCCCAAAUGUUCAGCCUUUGAUGAAAAGGGACAAGUGCCAGUUGAGUGGAGCUGAUCACUGGAAGUAUUAUAAAAGGCCUCAUCUUCCAUAUGUGGAACAGAUUGCCUUGGAUGUGAAUCGUGAUGCUUAUCAAGAAGACUCUAGAGAAACUAGAGGUAGACCAAACACCUUGGACCCCCCUACCCACUUCACAGUGGCGGUCCAGACAGACUACAGGGAGAGUGAAGCACAGACGGACCCCUACACUCCUGAAUAUGUGCUACAGUGUGGCACCAGCCCUUCAGAGCUGCUGACCUUGGCGUCUUUCACCUGGGAGCGAGGUCUGCCGGCCAGUAUAGAAGAAGUGGAAAUGAUCGAGCGAGCGCGGGCAAGGCGGGUCUAUGAGGCGAGAUUUCCUUCGCUUAAUGACGUCGAUCAGCUGCAUAAAAGGAGGCGUAUGAUGGAGAUAAUGGAGGCCAAAGAGUGGGCUUUCAGAGAAGGCAAAAUACAGAAGUUGCAGGACGCUCGUCUGGCCGUGCUGGGGGAGAUGUUGCAGCAGAGAGACCACGCCGAGGUGGCCUUCACCAAAGAGAGACUCAAUAAUAUUUACUCCAAACUUCUCAAAGAGAAGGAGACCAAGCUCCACAAGGUUGACAAGGACCACAUGAGAUCAAUGAGGAAGCUGGAGGCCAAGAGGAGAAACAUGGAGGCGAUUAUCAAGCAGCUUGGUACUUGUAAAGACUACAACAUUUACUCUUCUUUGACAAGUGCAUCACGAGCCUUCGGGGACAAAGUCAAGAAAAGUCAAAGUUAUGAAUUCAAACGCUUGGAGACUUACGACGGCUCGUUCAAUCAAGUGCACAAACCCGCUGACCCGUAUAAGCAGCAGAAGAAGUACGCCAAAGCCAAACUCAACAUGAGCAAAGUCAUCAUAAGGCCGCCCGAGAGCAGAAGAAGUUUUCUGUUACAGAAGUACAAGGACCUAAAGGAGGAGCUGGCUAAAUAUCUCGUCAAGAAGGAAAAGGCUGCUCCUCGUCCUGUUACCCCCACUGUGGAGGAGCCCCCAGAGGGUGAGGAAGAGAAGGAGCUGGCAGUCAUCCAUCUGCAGAAACUACUGAGAGGAAGAAGCAUCCAAACUGAGAUAUUUAAUGACAAAGAGAACCACCUGGACCUUAUCAAGGAACUGAGGACCACACACGCCCUGAGAGCAAAGGAACAGCGGAUGCAGGAGGCCGACAAAGAACUGGUCUUGGCCCUCAAAGAGGAGCGAGAAAAGUUGCGACUUAAGAGGUCGCGCGAGGAGGCUUCCCGCGCCGCAGCCGUGGGCGCCGAGCUGGAGUACGCCUUCGACACUUUGUCCAAGGAGCUGAUCCGUCUCCAGGAGGAGCGCCGCAUCCACGCCUUCACCCUGCUGGCCGAGAGGGAGCGUCUGCGCAGGGAGGCCGAGGAGAGCGGGAAGAGGCAGACCGAGGAGCGCCGACGAAUGGAGGACGACGAGAUCUUCAGACAAGUGGUGCAGGUCCACCAGGAAACGGUGGACUUGUACUUUGAGGACGUCAUCCUGGACACCAUGGAGAUAACAGCAGACCAGCAGGCGAGAGAGGAGAUCCGCAGGGUGGCCAAGGAGGUCAAUGACAUCGCCUACGCCAUCGAGGAGAGCCGCAACAACCUUCAGUCAGAGGAGAUCGUGUCGGAAUUGGUGUACAGCUUCUUGAUCCCAGAAGUGGAAAAGAUCAGCGUCAGGCAGAGAGUGCAAGAGAGACAACGCAGACACCUGCUGGCGGUCCGCAGCAUCGUGGAGGGUCUGCCGCAGCCGCAGAUCCAGUCGAGCACGAUGGGCACGCCGCAGGUGACCCGCUUCUCUGAGGUGGCGGCCCAGAAAGCCUUGGACCAGAUGCUCGACCCGGAUCAGAGCGAGGACGCGGCCGAAUAACGCAAACGUUACACUGUCGCUUGUAACCUCCAAUACAAGACUUGUAUCAAAAAGGAGGUAACAAGAUAAUGCUCAUGUUUCAUGACAAUGCCAGAGAUAUUCAUUUGACGCGUUUAUUAAUAAGUGUUGUGAAUAGUUUCUGUUGCACAAUAAUAACUUUCACGCCUUAUGACUUGCUGGCAUGACUCAAGAUGCAGCCGCGCUAAUCUUUUUUCCUGUGAGCCCACUUGUUGUUGUUGUCGUCUCAUUUUUCCACAUACUCUUGUUCUACUUUAGAUGUCACACCUGUAAACAUACAGUGGCUAUGGAAAGUAUUCAGGCCCCUUUACAUUUGUCACUCUGUUUUAUUGCAGCCAUUUGCUUAAAUCUAAAAAGUUCAUUUUAUUUCUUGUCAAUGUACACUCAGCACCCCAUAUUGACAGAAAAAAAGUGAAAUGCAGAAAUGUUUGCAAAUGUAUUGAAAAGGGAACAAUCACAUGGUCAUAAGUAUUCAGACCCUUUGCUCAGUAAAGUGGAAGCACCUUUUGAGCAAGUCUUCUUGGAAAUAAUGCAACAAGUUUUUUUACACCUGGAUUUGGGGAUCCUCUCCAGUGUCUUGUCAGGUUGGAUGGUAAAUGUUGGUGGACAGACACUUUCAGGUCUCUACAGAGAUGCUCAAUUAAGUUUAGGUCAUGGUUCUUCUGGCUGAGCCAGUCAAGAAUGGUCACAGAAAUGUUACAAAGCCACUCUUUUAUUUUUAGCUGUGCCUUUAAGGUCAUCGUCAUGUUGGAAGGUGAACCUUCGGCCCAGUCUGAGGUCCUGAUCACUCUGGAAGAGGUUUUCUUCCAGGAUAGCUCUGUACUUGGCCGUGUUCAUCUUUCCUUCAAUUGUAACCCGUCCCACCACCAUAUCAUGAUGCUGCCUCCACCAUGUUUCACUGUUGGGAUUGUAUAGGGCAGGUGGUGAGCGGUGCCUAAUUUUCUUCACACAUACCGCUUAGAAUAAACACCAAACAGUUCAGUCUUGAUCUCAUCAGACCAGAGAAUCUUAUUUCUCAUAGUCUGGGAGUCCUUCAUGUGUUUUUUGGCAAACUCGAUGCGCACUUUCAUGUGUGUUGCACUGAGGAGAGGCUUCCGUCGGGCCACUCUGCCAUAAAACCCCGACUGGUGGAGGGCCGCAGUGAUAGUUGACUAUGGAACUUUCUUCCAUCUCCCUACUGCAUCUCCGGAGCUCAGCUACAGUGAUCUUUGGGUUCUUCUUUACGUCUCUCACCAAGGCUCUUCUCCCACGAUUGCUCAGUUUGGCUGGAUGAUCAGUACUUGGAAGAGUUGAGGUUGUCCCAAACUUCUUCCAUUUAAGGAUUAUGGAGGCCACUGUGUUCUUAGGAACCUUGAGUGCUGCAGAAAUUCUUUAGUAACUUUGGCCAGAUCUGUGCCUUGCCACAAUUCUGUCUCUGAGCUCCUUGGGCAGUUCCUUCCAACUCAUGAUUCUCAUUUGCACUGUGAGCUGUAAAGUCUUAUAUAGACAGGUGUGUGCCUUUCCUAAUCAAGUCCAAUCAGUUUAAUUAAACACAGCCGGACACCAGUUAAAGAGCAGAACCAUCUCAAGAAGGAUCAGAAGAAAUGGACAGCAUGUGAGUUAAAUACGAGCGUCACAGCAUAUGACCGUGUGAUUUUUCAGGGUUUUUUGUUUUUUUUUAAACAAAUUUUCAAACAAUUCUGGAUUUCUGUUUUUUCUGCCAACAUGGGGUGUUGAGUGUACAUUAAUGAGAAAUCAAAUUAACUUUUUUGAUUUUAGCAAAUGGCUGUAAUGAAACAAAGAAUGAAAAAUGUAAAGGGAAUACUUUGAAUACUUUCCGUACCCAGUGUAGAUGAGUAAGUUUGAAUCAUUAAAAAAGAAAGACAUGUAGUAUUUGAAAUAAUUUUCACAGAAAGCCGUAUUGUUUUACCACAUUGUAAAAAUGUACUAGGGAAGCAGAAUAAAAUAUACCGGUAUACACAUUUAUUUUGCUUCUAUGACUAUUUGUUGCAAGACUUUUCGGCACUUUAAAUCUCCUGCCAUACAUGUUGAAGUAUUAGGGACACCGCCCCCAGUGGCCAAAGUACACAAUACGUUUAAAGUCUGACAAGGUCGAACAGUUUUUUCAGACAUUUAUCAAAAUACAGCAUUUGGUGUAUUUCAGAACAAAAGGCAUUUUAAACAUUUAAAUCGUAAUUGAUUUAUUAGGACAAUUUAGUAAUGUUUUUUUUAAUUAAAGCAAUUUUAAUCGUUAAAUUUGAUGCAUUUUUUAUGACAUCUAGUUUUUUGAAAAUAUGGAAAUCUGACAGUAACAUGUUCUGUUCAAUUGUAUUUUAUCCUAAACAAAUACUUUCCAAAAUUGUAUUAAUUUUUCUAUUGAAAUAAAGUUUCUAAA